AUGAAACGGAGGCCAGCCACAGAGCGCUUCUCGAGUACGGAAGGAGACAACCUCAGUCACAAGUUUCAGCUGCUAGAAGAGGCACAAGUCGCCCAGCGCAUGAAGUUGCAUUCGGACAUGUUGCAGCUCGAACUAGAGUUGCGGGCGCUUCGUGUCUUGUCCAUCCAAGACGAGGCAUGGCAGGAAGAAGUGACGAUCGAGCUCGACGGCAAGUACCGCGACGCAUACGCCGCCCUCGCCGCGGACUCUGCGGCCCAAGUAGAUGCGUUCCAAUUGAAACACCACAGCGUGCAAGAGUUUUCGCACAUGGAACUGGUCUACAUUCAACUUGGCCUGGAAGACACCCUAAUGCACCACGUGCGACCUGUCGACGCGGCACAACACGAGUUCGUCUGCGUCAUGCACGACAAAGCACAAAAGGAAGCCAUGGUGGUUCGACGCCGAGCUCUUCGGUACGAUACGGUGCAGCGCGAGCGUCACGACGAGUUCAACCGCGUCUGGCGUGGCAUGUUUCAUCAAAUCCUGGCAGUUCAAAGUGAAAAAGAGCGCGUGCGAUAUCAAUGCGUGCGCGAGAUCCAAGCGUUGGAGCGCAUGCAAAUACGCGAUGUCCGCGCCCAAGUACCAUUCGGCGACCGCCAGCCCGUGCCUGGCGCCUCGCCGACUGCUGCGCACGCGUAUCCAGCAGGAAGCCAAGUUAUGGAUAAAACCCGAACAAAAUAA